UUCGUUGGUUGGUGGCGCUAGCCUAAAAUCUGCUCCUUCCUCCCGCGGUAUCCUCAAAUCUCCACUACCAAACCAUCCAAACACGACAACACUAACGAGCCGCAAUACCCAUGACACGCGCGCGAAGACACCUCUACGCACUCAUCUGAAAACUGCCUUGCAUGGAAGAUCGAACCCAUUGUGAAUCGACAAGUCCUGCUCACCCCAUACGGCCGGAAAUCUGUCUUCACCUCAGCAACACCAACUUCCGAUGACCUCGACAUUCCGUCGCGCGAUCUUUUCUUUGCUUCGAUAGAACCUGUCCCUGUCCGGACAAUACACACUGCACUUUCUAGGGCAACAGCGCCACGUUUCCAGUAACGUCGACUUGAGCCAUGUCGAAACCAUCAGAGAAGCCGCAAUCGCAAGCACCCGCAAUCAUGAGCGACGAACCGGGCAAGGGCAUAAAACCCCUCGGCACGCCAGACAUCACCAGCCUGCAGCGCAUUCGCCAGGUCUUCGCGCAGCCAGUCCUGGCUUCUUUUGUUGCUGGCGGCGUAGCGGGCGCUGUAUCUCGAACCGUCGUAUCCCCGCUCGAACGCCUUAAGAUCUUGUUUCAGGUCCAGAGUGUUGGUCGCGAAGAAUACAAAAUGUCGGUCCCCAAGGCACUGGCUAAGAUGUGGAGGGAAGAGGGCUGGAGAGGCUUCAUGGCCGGAAACGGUACCAACUGUAUACGCAUUGUGCCAUACUCUGCUGUGCAAUUCAGCGCAUACAACGUCUAUAAGCGAUUCUUCGAGAGCGAACCAGGCGCGCCCCUCGAUGCCUAUCAGCGACUACUCUGUGGUGGUCUUGCUGGUAUCACAUCCGUAACCUUCACUUACCCGCUCGAUAUCGUCCGCACCCGUCUAUCCAUUCAAUCCGCAUCGUUUUCCGAUCUCAAGAAGGAAGCUGGCCAGAAGUUACCGGGCAUGUGGGCGUUGCUUGCGAAUAUGUACAAGACCGAGGGUGGCAUUCCGGCGCUAUAUCGUGGCAUCCUUCCCACCGUGGCAGGUGUCGCACCGUAUGUCGGCCUUAAUUUCAUGGUCUACGAGAUUGCCCGUACAAAAUUCACACGCGACGGCCAGAAGGAUCCCGGUGCUAUUGGCAAGCUAGGAGCAGGUGCCGUCUCCGGUGCUGUCGCGCAGACCAUCACAUACCCGUUUGAUGUUCUGCGGCGGAGAUUCCAGAUCAACACCAUGAGUGGCAUGGGGUACCAGUAUGCGGGAAUUGGCGAUGCUAUCAAGCAGAUCAUCAAGACUGAAGGCUUUAGGGGUCUCUACAAGGGUAUCGUACCCAACCUUCUCAAGGUCGCGCCCAGCAUGGCUAGCAGUUGGCUCAGCUUCGAGAUGACACGAGACCUGCUGAUGGGCAAGUUGAACUCGGGCUUUUUGUAGGACAAACAGUCCAACAUGACCAUUAUCGAACCGA